GCAGCUAAUCCGCGACCACUCGAUGAUCCGCACCAGUGGAGGAGAAGAGGCGGCAGACGCCGACCAAGACAAUGGCCAGGGCGGCUCAAUGGGGUGGAAAGCUUCCGGCCAAAGAGACGCCGGGGAUGCGCUGAGCGGAUAAGCUCGCAAAUUUUAGUUUCACCCUUUUUUUGUUUUUUUUUUUACUCCUCCUCCCUUUUUUAAGCCCCUACAGUCAGAGUUGGAGGAUCGGCUGUAAAUGUGGAUGACGGAUAAUCAAAGUAAAAUAUACCUAUGUAGAUAGUACACAGCAACGCAUUCUAAAUACUGUGAUGGUCCAAGUGUUGAGCAAAACAAUCAAUGUGCCAAACGUAUACGUGUUAAAAUACACCAUUAUAUAAAUAUCGAGCGCGUGUGCAUCGCGCGUACUUUGCGGGCUUUUUGAUAUACUCAUUCAUCGGUAUACCUUCUUAUACAAAGGUAUCCUGCACCGUGUUACAGCUAAUCGUGGCUUUGGGAUCAAUUUUUUUUUUUUUUUUUUAACGACGACGCCACUCGCUGCAGCCGUCGAAUUUUUUCUACACUACAUAUUGUAUCCACGCACACGUUUGCCUAAAGCUUGAGCUUACAAGAGAUUCCAUGUAUUUUUAAAGGGACUGAGAUUCCAUAGAUGUCCAUUGCUUUUGGAAAAAAACUUUUGGAAAAAAAACAAAAAAAAACAAAAAAAAAAAGAAAAAAGGAAGAAAAGGUGAUUUGUGAGGAACCAGUAGGUGUAACCGUAGUUACAGGUGUUUAUGAAAUAUGCCAUUCGAGCUGUCCAUAAUAUAUUACCCUUCACCUGGGAGCUAGUGCUGAUGGCUUGAGGAUAGUCGACAUCGUAGCUUAUUUUUGUAUACCCUUUCGGCCAGCCAUUUGUCUCGAGGGGAGGGAAAAGUAUGCCAGAAGCAACGACGACCUCGUCGGGUAGGACGAGCAGCGAGGUCAUCCGGAUGGAGCCACUGGGAAGGACCUCGGCGAGUUCGCGCGGCCCGGGACAGAACGGCACCGCGAACGCCCAACGGCCAGGCGAGAGCAAUCCGGGGCUGCACAAGCGCAACAUCUACGAGCAAAACGGCGUGGCCAUGUGCUCGCAAAAGCGGGCCCUCUGCAUCGCCACGCUCGUCUUCGCCUCACUUUUCGCCAUAUCGCUCAUCGUUGCCUUCGCGGGACCACAAAAUGACUGCCCUUGCGUCGGAGAGAAGCCAGCCAACUUGGAAAUCGAAGAGGAAGAGGAGGGCGCCGAGCCCUUCGCGACCAACGGCGAGAUCUUUCCGUGGGACAACGUCAGACUACCGAAUUACGUCCAUCCGACGCGCUACAAUAUCACGAUCCAUCCGAAUCUAACGACGCUGGAAGUCAAAGGACAAGUGACUAUCGAGUUUUACGUAGAUCGCGAGACCAAUUUCAUCGUCUUCCACAGUAAAAACCUGACAAUAAACGAAAAGAUGGUGCAAGACCGAAAGGGGCACAGGCUGAAGAUCGCCAAGCUGUUGGAGUAUCCGAAACACCAGCAAAUUUAUUUGGAGCUCGAGGAGAGCAAGUUCAGAAAGAGGGGAAACUACACGGUCCACUUGAGGUUCAUGUCAAAACUCAAGAACGACCUCGAGGGCUUCUACCUCAGCAGUUACGUCAACGCCAACAAAGAAAAAAGCUUUUUCGACGGUCAUAGGUACCUGGCGACCACGCACUUUGAGCCGACGUACGCGCGCUCGGCCUUCCCCUGCUUCGACGAGCCCCAGUUCAAAGCCAAAUUCAAGAUAUCGAUAUUCAGGGACCGGUUCCACAUAGCCCUCUGCAACAUGCCGAUCGUCAACACCGAGGACGCCGGAUUCUACAUGGGCACCGGCCUCCUGCGCGACGAUUUCCAAGAAUCGGUCGAGAUGUCGACGUACCUCGUGGCCUUCGUCGUCUGCGACUUCAAGCGCGUCUCCCAAAUGACCCAGCGCAACGUGAGCGUGAGCGUGUACGCGGCACCCUCGAUGCUACCCCAGGCCGACUACGCGGUCAAAACCGCCGCCAAGACCAUGGACUACUUCGAGUCCUUCUUCGGCGUCCAGUACCCCCUGCCCAAGCUAGAUCUCAUAGCGAUCCCGGAUUUCGGCGCCGGAGCCAUGGAGAACUGGGGACUGAUAACCUACCGGGAGACCUCGAUCCUGUACGACCCGCGCGAGACCUCGACCGCUGCCCACGAGUGGGUCGCCGUGGUCGUGGCCCACGAGCUCGCCCACCAGUGGUUCGGCAACCUCGUGACGAUGAAGUGGUGGAACGACCUCUGGCUCAACGAGGGGGCAGCCAGUUUCUUCGAGUACAAGGGCGUGAGCUUCAUAUCGCCCGAGUGGAGCAUGAUGGAUCAGUUCAUCCUCGACAAGAUCCAGCCGGCCCUCGAGCUCGACGCCCUCGCGAGCAGCCACCCCAUCAGCAUACCCGUGAAGGAUCCCUCCGAGAUCGAGUCGAUCUUCGACACCAUAAGCUACAACAAGGGGGCCUCGGUGCUCUACAUGCUCGAGGGCUUUCUCAACGAGGAGACGCUCAGGGCCGGGCUCAACGACUACCUGGCCGGUCACGCCUACGCCAACGCCGACACCAACGAUCUCUGGUCGGUCUUCACCAAGCACAUCAACCGGACCUUCGACGUCAAGGCCAUAAUGGACACGUGGACCCAACAGACGGGGUUCCCUCUGAUAACGAUAUCGAGGGAUGGUGGCAUGAUAACUGCCUCGCAGAAGAGGUUCCUCGUGUCGCCCUACGAGAACGACACGGAACUGCUCAAGCCCAAGUCCCCGUACAACUACAAGUGGUACGUCCCUCUGAGCUACUACACGAGCAAGGACCCCAAGGACAUCCAAAACGUCUGGAUGAACAUGACUGACGUGACGUUCGAGGUGCCGGCCGAGGUCGAGUACAUAAAGUGCAACGUCAACCAGACGGGCUUCUACCGGGUGUCGUACCCGGACGACAUGUGGUCGACGCUAAUCGAGACGUUGGUCCGAGAGCGCGAAAAAUUCAGCCCCGCGGACCGAGCCAACCUCGUCGACGACGCCUUCACCCUCUGCGAAGCCGGGGUUCUCAACGCCACGGUUCCCCUACGCUUGUCCCUCUACCUGCUCAACGAGCGCGACUACGUGCCCUGGGCCACCGCCCUCGACUACCUCCACUCGUGGAAGGACAAGCUCAGCGAGAGCUCGGGCUACAAGCGCUACAUCGCCUUUCUCCGCAGGCUCAUGACACCCGUCACCAAAUUCGUGGGCUGGAGCGACGAUGGCUCCCACCUCAAAAAGUUGCUGCGUAUCUCGGUGUUGCAAUCUGCGGUGGACCUGCAGCUGGAGGAGGUGGUCAAGCCGGCAAAGGGCCUCUUCGAGGACUGGAUGCUGCGGAACAAGAGCAUAGCACCGAACAUCCGGGACGUGGUGUACGCCGCGGGGGUGAAGUUCGGGGGCCAGGACGAGUGGAGCCAUUGCUGGGACACCUACCUGAGGACCCAAUUCCCGAGCGAGAAGCGAAUCAUGCUCCAGGCACUGGGCGCGACUACGGAUCCCUGGCUGUUGCAGCGCUACCUGCUGCAGACGCUAGACCGGAACCUGGUCAGACCCCAGGACGUCGAGGCGGUCAUCGCGGCGGUCGCCAAGAAUCCCGAGGGCAAGCUCCUGGCUUGGAGGCACCUCAAGGCCCACUGGCCGCACAUACAGGGCCUCUUCGGCAACGGCUCCCUCACCAUGGGCGGCCUCAUACAGGUCGUCACCUCGGGCUUUUUCACCGAGUACGACUACCGCGAGGUGAAGGAGUUCUUCAAGGACAUCGACGUGGGUAGCGGCCAGCGGAUGCUGGAGCAGAGCCUGGAAACGAUCAAGUUCAACAUCCACUGGGUGAAGGAGAACGCGGGCACGAUCGACGAGUGGCUCAACGGGAUUGCGAACGAAGGCAAAUCGAGUUAAUUUGCUAGUGUGCAUGACAAUUUAGGAUCCGGGGUAUGAGCGAAAUUAUUAAGAGCGUCCUUGUGAGCUUCGGCAGCGUGUGUGUGUGUUGUAUGUGUUGUCUUUGUCGUUGGCUAGCGCUGUAAGUGUAGGGAUAAACGGUACAGUUAUUGACACCUUAAGGUAGUGAUUGACCCCUGUAUAAUUUGUAUUUCUAUAUAUAAAGGCUCCA